AUGGCCAGCUCCUACGUGCUCCUCCUCCUCCUCCUCCUCGUCAAUUCCCUAGUCCCGGUCUCCAUUGCUUCGCCUUCUCCGAAGCUCCGUCUCUCCGCCUCCGAGGUCGCCGCGCUCGAAGCGGCCGCGCCGCCGCCGCCUCGGCCGGAUCAGCCGAGCACUUUCUUCGAGGUGGACCGGCCGCACCGGCCGCCGCCGGGCAGCUUCGGCCCGUGCUCCACGCUGCUCCUCUCGCACUCCUUCGCGUACACCUACAAGAAGCCCCCAGUCACGGCCGCCUACUCGCCGCCGCCGUGCCUCGCCGCGGCGGGCGGCCGCGGGUCGGCGAUCUCGCUCGCCGUUCUUGAGUGGCGCGCCACGUGCCGUGGCGUCCAGUUCGACCGCAACUUCGGCGUCUGGCUCGGCGGCGCCGAGCUCCUCCGCGGCUGCACCGCUGAGCCGCGGCAGGGCGGCGUCGAGUGGACCGUCUCCAAGGACGUCACCAAGUACGCGUCGCUUCUUGCCGCCCGCAACUCCACCCUCGCCGUCUACCUCGGCAACAUCGUCGACGAACAGUACACCGGCGUGUACCACGCCGACGUCACGCUCCACCUCUACUUCCGCCACCCGCCGGCGCCGCCGCCGCAGCCCGGGUUGGGGCCCGCCGACGUCAUCGUUCCGAUCUCGCUGAACCUGCCACUGAACGACGGGUUGUGGUUCCAGAUCAAAAACGGCCUCGACGUGGGAUCCGCGAGCGUUGCCGUGCCGACCAACACCUUCCGUGCUGUUCUCGAGGUGUACCUCUCGUACCACUCCGACGAUGAGUUCUGGUACACGAACACGCCCAAGGACCACGGCCCAUUCCGCGAGGUCACCGUUCUGAUCGACGGCGAAAUCGUCGGCGCCGUGUGGCCAUUCCCGGUGUUCUACACCGGUGGCAUCAACCCUCUCCUCUGGCGGCCCAUCACCGGCAUCGGCUCGUUCAACCUCCCGUCCUACGACAUCGAGGUCACGCCAUUCCUGGGCAAGCUGCUGGACGGCGAGGAGCACGAGUUCGCGUUCCAGGUGACGAAUGCCCAGGACGUGUGGUUCGUCGACGCCAACCUCCACCUCUGGCUGGACCCCAGGUGCGCGGUGACGACGGCGAGCGUCAUCAGCUACGACGCGCCGCCGCUGGAAUCGACCAUCGCGAUCCGGCCCGAGCGCCCCGGCAACGAGUUCUACUACACGACGGCGUUCCGGCACGUCUCCGCCUCCGGGUGGGUGCAGACAGCGUCCUACGGCAAGAUCACGGCGACGUGGACGCAGAGGCUGGGCUACGAGAACACGAACAUGAUCCAGGACAGCAGCCUGCAGGCGGUGAACCAGACCACCGACGCGUACUCCGGCGCCCACGUCGCCGACCGCGCCGGCGUGUUGUACUCGCAGGAGGCGCAGCAGAGCUUCGCGCUCUACAUGUUCGUGGGCGUGGUGAACCAGACCUCCAACAGCACGUUCACCGUAGCGAGGAACGUGCGGCUGGAGUUCGGCGAGGAGCGGGUCGCCGCCGGCCGGUCGGGGUUCUGGUCCCGGUCGCUGCGCAACGCGCAGGACUGCGAGAUGGACGUGGACGUGGAGGAAGGGGACGCCGUCGGGGUGUCCUGGGGGACGCGCCAGACGUACAGGUACGAGGCCUCCGACGCGUGCUACUUCCGGAACGUGACCAGCCUCGGUUACACUGUGGUGUCCGACCACUCCGACGAGGCCUGCGUGAUGGGACCGCCUGCCGGCGGCGUUGCGGAGUGGGCGACGCGGCUGAGCUCGUAAGAGGUAAGAACGAAGCUGAUCGUUCAGAGAUGGUUGAUUUCUUGUGAUUGUUUUUCCUUUGCUGCUUGACUGAAGGAGCGAAGGAUUGAAGAAAGGUCCCUACAUGUGUGUAUCAGUUUACUUUUGCGAAGUGGUGAAAAGAAAUUUGUAACAACUAUAAGAUGUAUCCGUUCGUUGGAAUAAGAGAGGAACCUAUUUCUU